UCGCUUGUUGCUCUCGCAGAAUAAACCGCAUAGAUCGCCGACGCUUUCUUUCUUUCUUCAGUGAUUUGCUUUGCAAGUCCGCUGGUACGGUUUUCCUCUUAUUGGUCGAGCAGUAUGCUGAUUUGAGAGACAGGACGGUUAGUUUGCUCCCAAACACCGUCAGUCUGUCAGUGGUCUGGAAAUGCCAAAGCGCCUCCUCGCUGCUCGCGAGCUCACGCACACAAAGCAGAGGGUUCCGGUAGCGCGAGCUGGAACGAUCCACUGAUGCCGCAUCUUCGGUUAGGUGUUUAACUGCUCCUUAAAAACGUCGAGGAGAAUUCCUUGUCCUCAGACGUUUCUUUUUUUUUCUUCUUUCUUUCUUUUUUUUUUUUUUUUUCUUUUUUUUUUGGUUUGCGGAUUUAGACACGGGAUUGUUUUGUGAUGGGUGGCGGAAACGAAUCGCGGAUUUUUUCUCUUUUUAUAGAGACCAAAGUGAGCAGAUUUCCCACUGUUGAUAGUAAGUUUUAUCUUGAUAGGAAGCAAUCGGAGGAACAGAGGAUUAUUUAGGGGCAAAGGAUACUUACUCAAGACAAUAGUACUUUUCACACACAGUUUUCCCAACAGAGAGUGGGUUUUCUGGUCCGCAACAUUGGAUUGUACAUUUUGUUUGACUGACGCAGGCUCGUUUUGGAGUAUCUUAUUUGGAAAUUUCGGUGCUUUUAUUCUACAUUUCGGGGAAGAAACUACAUCUUAUAAACAAGAAACCCGGAUGAGACGAAGUUAUGGAUAUGCCAAUGAAAUAAAACCUGUAUCCCCAGGUCAAAUGACCGCUAUCAUCUGUUCUCCGAUCUGACCACUCUGUUUAUGACAUGGAAAAACGGGGACUCCACGGCGUCCUUUAUUAUUUAAUUCUGAAUGCGCCCCUGCUAUUCUGUGUAAAUGCCACAUUUACUGAAGUGCCCAAAGAUGUGAGUGUCGGUGAGGGCGAGGACAUAGAGAUGCCGUGCGCUUUUCGAGCCGUCGGAGUCUCGCCGUUCUCUCUGGAGAUUCAGUGGUGGUACCUCAAGGAAGCGGCUCCUAAAGAGCUCGCUCACGAACUGCAGAUUAGCGCUCCGGCCAACAGAGCCAAGGUUGCCCACCGGGACGCCACGAAAAUAAGCACGGUGAGGGUCCAGGGCAACGCUAUUUCCCACAAGCUCAGCCUAUCGGGUGUGCGGAAGGAGGACGAGGGAGUGUAUGAGUGUCGGGUUUUGGACUUGUACUCUGAUGAGACUCAGGAAUACAAGGUGCAGGCCACUCUGCGCGUGACACCGCGCGAGGGAAUGCUGGCCGAGGAGGCUGUAUCUCACAUCCAGAACCGAUGGCCACUGAGGAACAGCAACACAGCGACGGGUGGACGGGCCACAUCUGAGCCGGGCCAGGGUCAGGGGAAACCCCGCGUGCCUCCGCCGGUUGGAGUAGGACCCGCUCCUCCUUCAACGACUACAACGGGCUCUGCAGUCAAGUCGUCGGCUUCGCCUCGGCCGGGCAAUUCAUCUAUCCUGAGACAACAACACGGAUCCGGUUCUGGAGCCAUGGCAACCACUGAGCCACUCCUUUUCUUCACUCUGCUGCUCCUACAUAAGCUCCUCCCCUUCCUGUUUGCCUGCUAAGAGACCACAGCCAAACAGCUCCCAAUGAUCUCACUUUAUGUACCAAACGACAAAGGGAAAAUAUAACUACAUAUAUAUAUAACUAUAUCUAAAUAUAUCUACCAUUGUGGCUCAUCACAGAGAGGAAUGGGAUAUGAUAUCAUAUGGGAAUAUAAAUAUAGUGGUGGGGGAAAAAAUCUGAAUAAUAAAGAGAAGGCCAUGUUUUGUUUUGUUUUCUGGGACUUGUGUAGAAGAUCCAUCUCAGAUUUGGAUGUAAAAUGGAUUCUAUAAGAAGCAUGAUGAAAAACAACAAAAAAAUUAAAAGGAGUCUAUGUGAAUUAAAGCUUCACAACUGUGUGAUACACACAACUGACACCCAUAAACGCUGCAUCCAAUUUCCAAAUACUAGUGUUUGCCUUGCUAAAUGCAUGGCUCUCUUAAUU